UUUAUUCUGCAUUUUAUUCUCUUCUGCGAUUUUUCGUUGGUCGAUUAAAAGUGCAAAAAAUUGCUAAAAUUGAGUUUUUAAUAAUAUAGAUUAAGUUGAAAUAGUUGCUUAACAAAAUGUCGCUUGCGGAAUGGAUAACGGGAAGAAUGGCGCGACCCAACCAGUUAGAUCCUGCUGGCGGUCCAGAGCAGCCCUGGUAUCUCAAAUAUGGCAGCCGAGUGCUGGGCAUUGUUGCCGCCUUCUUUGCCAUAUUGUUUGGUCUGUGGAUGAUAAUCUCAAUUAUCGUACUGAACGUAAAAUGCCUUGUCGCUGGCAUAAUCCAAAUGGCAGCAGGAUUUGUGGUGAUGGCGCUGGAAGCGCCUUGUUGCUUUCCCUGCAUCGAUCAGGUUGACCAGGUGGCUACCAAGAUGGAAACCAAGCCACUGUACUUCCGAGCAGGUCUCUACUGCGCAUUGGCUGUGCCUCCCAUUUUUAUGUGCUUUGAAUUGGCAAGUGUGUUCGGGAGCGGCUUGAUCUUUGCCACUGGUGUUGUUUACGGCAUGAUGGCGUUAGGCAAAAAAGCUUCGCGUGAGGACAUGGCCGCUGCGGCCACAUCGCCCACACAAAUGGGAGGCGGCCAGGCGGGCGGCCAAAUGCAAAUGGGUGGCGAUCAACAUAUCACACUUAUGGAAGAUCCCGAUGUUUGGCGACCAACAUAAAUGCACUAAGCAAAUGCAUAAACUGCCAAAAACAAACAACAAGAACUACAACAAUACACAUCACACACCACACACACACACACACACACACACACAAACACUACGGACUUACAAGCACACACAAUGACAAUUAGACAAAGAAAUAUCAUGAUCAAAUAUUGAGAAACAAAUAUUUUAUGGCGCAUAGUUUUUAGUGUUCGUUCCAAUUGAAAGUAAAUUAAUAAUUACAAUUAAAUACAAUAACUAAAAGAGAUCAUAUAUAAUACUAAAACAAAACACCCCACCAAUUGAAAAGCAAAACAAGUAAACCCAAGCAGAAGAAAGUAAACUUUUCAUAAUUGUUACUAAACAAAAUGUUGCAAAAUGUUGUUUGGUCAUUUGUCGUCCUUUGCAUGUAGUUGCAUUUCUCCAUUUUUAAAUGUCUUUUGUCGAGCGACGGUGUUGUUAAAAAA